CCCUGCGGGACAGUGCCCUGCCAGACCAGACGACCAGUUCCGACAACAAACACUACGGGCGGGACUGUCACGUCGGCUGGCGGUGUUGUAGGAAUCUGGUGUUUUGCCGGCCACGAGUGAGUUAUACGGCGAACAUCUCUACAUGUGGCUAGUGGAGUAGGAGAGCUUGAUGACCAGACUGUGUAAGGCUGAGUUUGCAGAAGUGAUUUUCUCAAUGCUUCUUUCCCUUGUUGAUGCCGUGACUGGUCUUUCCUUUGGAAUUGAGCCCAGGUGAGUUGAACAGCCGGCGGAACUGAGCCCCAGUGGGUGACAUGCACUCCCUGCACCCUAGUGACGCUACAGGGCCUGACAACGGAGAGAAUGGCACGUCCGGUCUCCACGGAAACCAGCAGGUGUCCUGUAGAAACGAACAGGGUAGCAUGGCAAGAUGUCUGGAGAGAAGACCUCACUUCAGAGUGGUGGAGGAGAGGCAGGUCUCCCCACGCACCACCAUCCGCGUUCGUACCGGCUGUAUCGACAAUCACAUCGACAGGUCCAGUUCCGACAGCGAGGAACAUCAUUCCGACUGUGGCAAAAACCUCAACGGAGACGUCAUGUUGCAAACCCGCCGGCAUAGCGACACGAGUGGGGUGCGCAUAAUUUCAUCGGAUAAGCGAAUGCGACGGUUAGUUCGGCGUUUCAGAAAAAGUGGGCAGGACAUAAAGAAACCAGUUUACACAAAGUUGCGGACUUUCGAGACUUACUCAGACGGACACUUUGGGGAGACCGUUGCAGAGGAUACGUGUGAUGGGUGCAGGAGGGAGAGGAGAGCCCACCUGAAUGUCAUCCAUCAGGAGCUGCAGAGACGAUGGAACGACAGGAAACAGUUUGUUCUACAGAAGUCUUGUAGAGGCAGGAAAGUGUUGGCAGGGUUUGCAGAACUCUCCAGGCUGUUUCCCACAUUAAAGGAUGUCCAUUUACCCUCUCCAGACAGCCCACCCAGCCCAGCUAUCUGCCUCAGAUUGUUGCCAUGGCAACGACAGACCCACUCCGUCCGUUGUUGCUGCUAUGGCUGCAUGUCUCUGAGUGGGGUGGAGCGAGGCUGUUGGUUCCUAGGUGCUCUGUCCUGCCCAGAGUUUGAAGAGAAGUACCCAACUCUCUGGGAGGCCAUGUACAACCUGGGGUGGAAGGCAACGCUUCCACACUACAGCAUGCCAGAAGGUAUACAGGAGGAUGAGGACCUCUCCAGCAGGCUGGACCAGUUCCAGGAUGUUCUCCACUUCCCCGAAGAGGCGGCACUGAUCCUGACACAGACAGAGCUCCGACUGUUCGCAUCAGUCCCACCAGGGGAGUAUCUACAACACCUGUGUACCAGCCUUAACAGGGAAGGAGCUCCGGAAGAGAAACAUGGAGCUUCUGUACAAGACUUGAUUGCACACUUCUACCAGGUGUCCAGCUGGAUGUCCCAUCUGGUGAUGAGUGGUAAGACUCUGGAGGAACAGCGUGCAACCCUGUCCUACCUGGUGUGUGUAGCUGUGACCUGCUGGAACAUCGGCAACUACAAUGCUGUGGUGGAGAUCCUCACAGGCAUCAGAUGUGAGCAGCUGAAGCCCCUCCUGGACAGCAUCCCCAAGUCGGACCUGCUGCCCCUGCGGAUGUUGGAGGUGGCCCGCUGUUCCUCCACGGUCCACAAGCGCCUGGCCGCCCAGCCAGACUGCAGGAUUGUGCCAUUCUUUGCAGCCUUCCUGCAGGAUCUGCAGGCGGAACUGAUGGAGGGCUGCAGCAUGGUUGUACUGCAGCAGGACUGCAGCAUCGACAAUCUGGUCAUCUGUGAUUACCUUGGACAGAACCAUUUUCUCAGGAGGGUGGGAGCCAAUGGGUUGAUGGACUUCCCCAAGACAUCAGCAGUGCAUAACAUCCUGCAGAACAUAGACAGGUGUCAGGAUAGGAACCCACUUACUGACUUACCGACGCUAGCACGACAAGACAUUAGACUACGCUUGGGAGCUGGGGAAGAGUUUGUGCUGAGGGAAGAGGAUGGCUCGUCCAAGGGGAACCCAGGGGUGGUGCUCCUCUCCCCCACCCAGGGGAGGCUGGACUUCCCCACCCUCCAGUUCAUGCACAAUGGAGCCACCAUUGUGACCUUCACAGACGACCCCUCCAAGUCACAUGUCAGCUUCCUCUCACUACUGAGGUGCAAUAGUAAGUUAGUGUGGACCAAGCGUGGGAACAGCGAGGGGCCAAACCUACAUUCCAUUUACGUGUUUGCUGCACACUCGUACGACAGCGCAGAUGAAGGCUUCCUAGACUUGUUUUGCAUAAAGGAUGUUGUGAUGGGAAGAAAGUGUGCAGACCUUGGCAGUAUUAUGAAGCGGCACUCGCUGUCAGACAUCAGCCAUGAGCAGAACUGCAUCUCCAUCAUGUAUGGGACAUCACUGGCAGAGAACAGAUGGAAGCAUUUCAUCGCCCCAGCUAGCGUGGCAGCCAUCUGGUUCUCUGGGCUGAAGAAGCUUCUGCACAUCGCUGGGCAGCAGAGGAGGCAGGUGGACCAGAGGCUCCACUGGUUACAGAGACAGUACCUCAGUGUGUACUACGAGGAUGAAAAGUGUAAGGGUCCAACACCAGCUGAUGCUAUAGCCUUGUUUGGAGGGAGACAAUGGAACGUUGGGACACCCGGGAUUCCAGUAGUGAAAUCACGGGAAAAAUCCCCGUAUAAUACCACGCGGGAAGGUUCGCCUUUCCGACGGACCUCCAGCCUCAAUCUGAGUCGACACCGAGCACGAUCUCCCAAGCGCAAAGUUCAUCUUACCACAAUCAAGGAUCACAGCGAGCAAAGUCCUGUACGGACGGAGGUGUACAACGGGAACACUACUCCAGUGGGUGCUGGAUCCACCCUAGACCCUGGGAAGUCCCCUUCCCCCGCACACAGCCCCCGCCAGCUGUCCAAGAGCUGGUAUGGAAGGGAGAAGCUGAAAAAGAAGGACUCCUCUUCCUCUGACAGCCUGAAGUACCUACAUGCCACCCACCUGAGUUAUGUAGAGUUUGUGGAGCUCUUCAAGUCCUUCAGCAUCAGACUCAGGAAGGAUCUCAAGGAGGUGUUUGACAAGUAUGCAGUGCCUUGUAAGGGUCGUGAGUUGAGGAGACUGGCCUACCACAUGGGCUGUGUGACUGCAGGCAAGGAGACAGCAGACAGGGGACCAUGUAGCAUCACCAGAAACACCAGUCAGAGUAAGUCAGACAGCCGUAUGAAGCCCAUCGUGGAUGCCAUCGCCGUGGGCAGCGUCGUUACAAACAGCGCCAGCGUGGAGAGCUCCCUGGACAUGGCGAUCGGAGUUGGGGAGCUGAACGACUUCCUGGUGAAUGAACAGGGCCAGUAUCUGACGUACCAGCAGGUGGAGGCAAUCAUAGAGAGACAUGAGCCAAGUGCACCCCUGAGGAAGGAGGGCUGCUUGUCAUUUGAAGGGUUUGCCAGGUUUCUGAUGGACGAGACCAACAAUGCUUUCUGCAGAAGUACAAUCAGAGAAGAGGACAUGGACCAGACCCUGUCUCAUUACUACAUUGCCAGCUCACACAACAGCUACCUGACAGGCCAUCAGCUCCGGGGGGAGUCCUCAGUAGAGCUGUAUAGAGAGGUGUUGCUGACGGGAUGUAGAUGUGUGGAGCUGGACUGUUGGGAUGGUGAGGAUGGCAACCCCAUCAUCUACCACGGACACACCCUCACCACCAAGAUACCCUUCAGGGACGUGGUGGAGGCCAUCAAUGACAGCGCUUUUCUGGCCUCGGACUACCCCGUCAUCCUGUCUAUAGAGAACCACUGCUGCCUUCAGCAGCAAGUCAAGAUGGCACACUGCUUUACGAGUAUUUUAGGAGAGAAGCUGGUAACAAGGUUCCUGUUUGAGUCUGAUGCAGUAGACGAUCCUUCGCUGCCCUCCCCCAACCAGCUGAAAGGACGAAUCCUUCUCAAGAACAAAACGCUUCACCCUUACCGCAUACCUGUAGAUCUGCUCAGACAAAAGGCACAUCUCCUAGCCAGCCAACAGCAGACCAUCAACAUCAGCACCGAGCAGGUUACCAUGGAUACCGGCUCUCUGUCAGAAGAUGAGCUGGAUGAUGAUUACCUGGAGGAGGAGGAGGAUAGUGACAUGCCCUCUUCUCCAUUUAACCCACGGGACAUUCCAACCAGUCCAACAGGGGUGGGCAACUGGACCCUUCAUAAGGGGAGCCCCUCCAGCCCCUCUUUGGUUACUGAAUGGACAUUCCCCAGGGGUAGUCCAUCCAGCUUUAGUCUGGGUAGUGCAUUCCCACCUAAUAAAGGUAGCUCGCCUACCUCCACUAAGGGUAGUCCUUCCAUGACUCGCAAGGGUAGCUCAAAGACCCUCCCCCGGGGGUGGGGCAGGCCUCUGUCAUUUCCUGAGAGCAUCACCAGCUUCUUUAGCCAUGAUGCUGAGGAGGUAACACAGCUGCGGACGAAAAGUGACCCCAGCAGCCGUGACAGUGCACGCCGGCACACCUUCCUGGUUGACAACCAGCCCAUCGUAGUCCCUAAGGAAGAGAAGGAGACCAGCCAGGUGGCUCCGGAGCUGUCUGAUCUGGUGCCGUACCUGCAGGCUGUCAAAUUCAGAGGUUUUCCUUCGGAGCAGUCCAGCCUGAAGAGGGAACGUGCCUCCACCCGCAAGUCCAGCCUCCCCCGUGACCUUGACCGGCGCCCGUCUGGAGACCGUGACUCAGCCCAGCUAAACAUCAGCUCAAUCAUGAGGACACCCAAGUGCUACCACAUCUCUUCUAUCAACGAGAACACUGGAAAGGCACAAGUCAGGAAACACCCUGGCAAACUACUCACUCAUACGGAGAAGCAGCUCCUGAGAACCUACCCUGCUGGGACACGUUUUGACUCCUCCAACCCCAACCCCAUGCCGUUCUGGCUGCAUGGACUUCAACUGGUCGCCCUCAACUACCAGACAGAUGACGUGCCUAUGCACUUGAACUCAGCCAUGUUCCAGCAGAACGGUGGUUGUGGUUUUGUCCUGAAACCCCGGGUCAUGUGGGACCCCGCCCACCCCUCCUACAGGCACUUCUGCCCCAUGGACAAGGACAGGUGUGGCAUGCAGCCACAAAACCUGGAAAUCACUGUGCUGUCAGGUCAGUACGUGUGUCCCUCCAGCCUGCAGGGUAGCCCCAUGGUAGAGGUGGAGGUCAUCGGUGUCCCGGCCGACUGUGUCAAGCACAGGACCAAGACUGUCCACAGGAACGCCGUCAACCCUAUCUGGGCAGAGACUUUGAAGUUCCAAGUGACCUUUCCAGAGUUGACCUUUGUGAGGUUCGCUGUCACUGACGUCAUGUCAUCAUCAUCGUCACCGGGGGCCCAGCGGAUCAUCCCCUACAUGAGCCUUGCCAGGGGUUACCGCCACGUUUGGCUGCACUCUCCUCAGGACCACGCCCUGGAGCUGAGCACCCUGUUCAUCAAGACUGAUGUCAGCUGUCCUGAUGGGGACGAGGAUCAGCAUGGAGGACAGGUGUGUGUUUAUGGAGCUGUGCCUUCAGAGCCAUUCAGUGUCUUUCAUGUGGACAGGGAGAGCACAGCCUUGGACAUCGUCAAACAGGCCUUGCAGAGAGCCAGUCGACCCCCAGCUGACAUUCAAAAUGUUGUCCUGGAGGAGACAGUCAUCAAAAUGCGAGGGGAGACAAACAGCAAGCAAGAAAUAGCAGGGCAACAGAGCAAAGGUAACGGCGCCACCCAGCAGGUACAGAGAGUACUGCACAUGGAGGAGAGGUUACUGGCAUGUCAGGACAAGUGGGCAGGUGUGGGGAGAUUCAGCAUGAUACAGAGGAAACAGGAUGCCAAGCCUCAGCUGUCGUCCCUGGCAACAGCCUCCAUCCUGAAGGUGAAGUGGAGUCCACGCACCCCACACCGCUUCUUCACCACUUCUCAAGAAGAGCCCAAAUCUAAAGGAAAAGGACUUAAGAUCGGACACUGUAGAGAUGGCAAGGGCAGUAAGAGCAAAGUGGCGGGUAGCAGGGAUAGUACCCCUGACAAGACUAAGAGCACAAAGCAGAAGGAUGGCACCUCAGAUGGGAAAAUAAAAUCCAAGAAAACAUCUCCGCUUUCUCUACAAAAACUGUCCAACAUGUGGAAACAGUGAUGUCCAAGGAAUUGUGUUUAUUGUAACAAUCUAUCAAUGUGUUAUAUCACAGAUAAAGGAGAGAGAGAUUUGAUUGUUCAAGAGUCUGAGCUUUAAGCAAACGACAAUUGUAUCCAAUGUACAUGUACUGUUUUGCACCACAAGUCAGUGAAUGCUGUAUAUAUACCACUUUGUGCAGAAAUGUAUGUACAGGUGAUGUAAACAUGUGUUUUGUAAGAGUUCAGUGCUGGCAAUCCUAGAGAAACCUUCAUCAGGGACAGAUUCGUCUGUGUUGUUGGGGCAAGGCUGUUAGAAAAAAAGUGCCAGACUGAGAUGAGGGUUUGUUUUCUUUGUGCCAUUUCAUGCAUACCAUUGUCUUGAUUAGUCUGGGCACUGUCCUAGUUAGUUAAGCAUAGUUCCUGUUAUACUUCCCAUACCGGUAAACUAGCUAGGAUGGCCUCCUGGCUAGAUCUAGAUACUGAAUAGUUACUCAAAAUCAGUUUGGAGUUGGGAAAGAUUUAGUCUUUGUUUCCUUAGUUUUAUGUCUUCAAAAGAAAUACUAGUACCAGUAUUUACAUGUACAAAUGAUGCUGACUAUGACACUGGGGCCAUUGUUGAAGACAGUUUUAUUUAACAUUAGUUCACCUUUAUCCACUGAGUGACCUUUAUCUGUUGUUUUUGAGCACAGGGUAGUCAAUGGACGGUCAUUUCAAAUUGCAAUAUUUCAGAACAUAGAAGUAAUUUUCAAAAUAUUUUACCUUAUUUUGACUUGAUAUCCCUAAAUACCAUUUCUAAGAAUAACAAAUAUAGGUUACACCGCAGAUUUAGGUGAUCUAGCGUUAUUCAUGUUUUGUUUCUUUUAGUUUUAUCUAAGAGGUACAUUUGUGCAUAAUAGUUACUUGUUUUAUAAGUGUUCUAUCCAAAAUUAGGAUACUUUUUAGCUAUUCAAUAUGCUAUGUGUAGCUUGUUUUUGUGUAGCUUGUUUUGUUUUGGAAUUAUGCUUUUGCUAGUAACUUAUUUUACACGGUCAUUGGAAAAGGACUUUCCAAGUUUUUAUAUUGUUUGGGAUAGUCUUUGUAGAUGGAACUUUUGUUGCUUUCAGAAGGGUGUGUUUAGAACAGACAUGUUACUUCUCUGUAUGGUUUCUCUCCAUCUUUGGUAACACAUAGCAUACUACUCUGUGGUAUCUGCAGCUUGUAUGUGGCAUACGUAUGUGAUGUACGUAACAUAUAUGUGUACUUUGUUUGUGGUCAUUCCACUCUCUGAGAGACUUUUUGCCCUCUGAAAUGUACCGUCUGUGAUGUUGCAAUGUUGCAUGGAAAACUUUGAGAGGUAAAAUGUGAAAUACAAAAUGCAUAUUGUGCAUAUUUGUAACAAA